CCCACCACUAGUACAUAAACAAACAAAUUUUCAAUUUUCCCACCAAUCAAAUUUAACUUGUAUAUUCAAUUCUACUUUUAAAUCUUGAUAUAAAAGAAUUCUUGUAGUAAACGAGUCACACCGAUCAAGAAAAAUAUUAAUAUAAUCAUAUAAAGAGCCCAAGAAAUCUCACCGAACUUUCAUUUUACUCAAUCCCUCUCUCCUCUGUUUUUCUUCUAUACCAAUCUUCUUUCUUCAAGAACUUUCAAAGUUUACUCUUUAGUUCUCCAUUAGAGGAUGAGAUUCUUCUUAUAAGUCAGAUAAUGGAUCUAUCAAACCGUCGCAAUCCUCUCCGGGAUCUGAGCUUUCCUCCUCCUCCGCCGCCACCUAUUUUCCACCGUGCGAGCUCUACGGGGACGAGUUUUCCGAUCUUAGCCGUCGCGGUGAUCGGAAUCUUAGCCACAGCAUUUUUACUUGUAAGCUAUUAUGUUUUUGUUAUCAAAUGUUGUCUCAACUGGCACCGAAUCGACAUUCUUGGUCGAUUCUCGUUAUCUCGAAGGCGACGCAACGACCAAGAUCCUUUAAUGGUUUACUCUCCAGAGCUUAGAAGCCGCGGUCUUGAUGAAUCCGUCAUUAGAGCAAUCCCAAUCUUUAAGUUCAAGAAGAGAUACGACCAAAACGACGGCGUUUUUACAGGAGAAGGAGAAGAAGAAGAAGAGAAGAGAUCUCAAGAAUGCUCUGUUUGUUUGAGUGAGUUUCAAGAUGAGGAGAAGCUGAGGAUUAUCCCAAAUUGUUCUCAUUUGUUUCAUAUCGACUGUAUCGAUGUGUGGCUUCAGAACAACGCCAAUUGUCCUUUGUGUAGAACUAGGGUUUCUUGUGACACAAGUUUUCCUCCGGAUCGGGUUUCUGCGCCGAGCACUUCUCCCGAGAAUCUGGUCAUGUUAAGAGGUGAGAACGAGUAUGUGGUCAUUGAGCUGGGCAGUAGCAUCGGUAGUGACAGAGAUAGUCCAAGACACGGAAGGUUACUUACGGGACAAGAAAGGUCAAAUUCAGGUUAUCUACUGAACGAAAACACCCAAAAUUCGAUCAGUCCAUCUCCGAAGAAGCUUGACCGCGGAGGGCUUCCAAGAAAAUUCCGAAAGCUUCACAAGAUGACGAGUAUGGGAGACGAAUGCAUCGACAUAAGAAGAGGUAAAGACGAACAGUUCGGUAGUAUUCAGCCCAUUAGAAGAUCAAUCUCAAUGGAUUCAUCGGCGGAUAGACAGCUUUACUUGGCGGUUCAAGAGGCGAUUCGGAAAAACCGCGAAGUUCUGGUGGUUGGAGACGGAGGAGGAUGUAGCAGUAGUAGUGGCAAUGUUAGUAAUUCCAAAGUGAAGAGAUCUUUCUUCUCUUUUGGGAGCAGUAGACGUUCUAGAAGUUCCUCUAAAUUGCCACUUUAUUUUGAACCCUAAUAAGCCGCUUUGCUUAUUUGUUUUAUUUUCUUGUUCCUUUCUACAUUUGAUUUCUAUUAUUUCAUUUUCAAAUAUUUUUGAGAUGGAUUUUUAAAAUUAUUUGGUCGGUGAGGUAGGAGAGAAUAUAGACGUGUUUAGAUUUAGAAGUCAAAAAAGUUGAGUUGUAUUAUGUGUGACAGAGAAAUUAUGGACAAGUUUGAAAAACUU